CAGUUUGACCGUGCGCAGCUCAAAUGAUGACAGUUUUAUGACUGCGUUCCUCUCUGAGCAGAGAGUUUGUGUUUAAUCUCUCAUUCACAGUUCUGUCUGUGUGUGUGUGUGUGUGUGUGUGUGUGUGUGUGUGUGUGUGUGUGCGUGUAUGUGUGUGUGUGUGUGCGUGUGUGUGUGUGUGUGAAGGCAUCUGCUGGUAUUGUUCCUGGCUCUCCCAUCCCCCAUCCUCAGGAGUGUGUGUGUGUGUGUGUGUGUGAGCGGGACAGAGGGAGGGAGGCUCUUGGGAACAGCACAGAGGGAGGAUCAGCACACUGCCGGUCGUCUUUCUCCGGGUUUGAGCUGAGAAGCGUCUGGAAUGACGGAUGAGGAACGGCGAGCUCCGAGCUCAGUCUGAGUUUCUGCAGAACUUCUACAGACUCCAGCAUGAGGAUGUGAAGAGUUUCCAGCACACACACACUCACAGGAGACACACUGAAGAUGGAGGACGGGUAUGAGCUGGACCUCACCUAUGUGACAGAGCGCAUCAUCGCCGUCUCCUUCCCUCAGGACCGCUUUGAGGAGACGUACCUGCGCAACCUGAGGGACGUCACACGCAUGCUGAAGUCCAAACACGCCGACAACUACCUGAUCAUCAACCUGUCCGAGAGGAAGCAGGAGCUCACCAGGAUGAACCCUAAGACUCUGGACACCGGUUGGCCAGAUCUUCAUGCUCCUCCUCUGGAUAAGAUCUGCACCAUCUGUAAGGCCAUAGAGAACUGGCUGAACGCCGACCCGCUGCACGUGGUGGUCAUUCACUGCAGGGGUGGGAAGGGCAGGAUCGGAGUGGUCAUCUCCUCGUUUGUGCACUUCACAGACGUCUCUGCCAGUGCAGAUCAGGCGCUGGAUCGCUUCGCCAUGAGGAAGUUCUACGAUGAUAAGGUCUCUGCGGUGAUGACGCCGUCUCAGAAAAGGUACGUGUGGAUCCUCAGCAGUCUCCUGAGCGGAUCCAUCAAGAUGAACACGUCUCCACUGUUCCUGCACUACAUCAUCAUUCAGGGCGUCCCCAGAUAUGACUCUGCAGGAGUGUGUGAGCCGUAUCUGAAGGUGUAUCAGGGCAUGCAGGUGGUCUAUGUGUCAGGAAUAUACCACAUCGGAGCCGGACACAGAGACAGAGUCUGCAUCGCUCUGGAGCCCGCACAGCUGCUGAAGGGGGAUAUCAUGGUGAAGUGUUUCCACAGGAGCAGCAGUUCUUCAGACAGAGAGCUGAUCUUCAGAGUUCAGUUCCACACUGGAGCCGUUCAGGCCUACAGUACGGCCUUCCAGAAGCAGGAGCUGGAGAACGCCUGCACAG